GCCAUUUACUCACAGGAUGGGUCCAAAUGGCAAACCAUAUGAUCUCUCGCCACAAGACACUGACAUAUCCUUUGUCAGCUCUGGAAGGAAAAGCAUUGACAUGUUUCCUUCAUAUUGUGAAAGCUUUGAAAGUGGUCAUACCCCUUCCCAGCUUUCAGGCUUAUCGGACAUAGAAAAUCACGCUUUUGAGUCAUGGCAACUUGGACGAAAAUCGGUAGGCACAAUCCCACUGGAAUUUUCGUAUGCCUCACUUGAGGAUGAUAGAACAUCCACAUCACAGUCAAUGGAGGAAAUAGAAGCAGAAAUGAGAAGGUUAAAGCUGGAGCUCAAGCAAACUAUGGAUAUGUACAGUACCGCGUGCAAGGAAGCACUCUCAGCAAGACAAAAGGCAAAAGAGCUCCAGCACUGGAAAAUGGAAGAACAACGAAGACUGGAAGAGGCUCGAUUAGCAGAAGAAGCUGCAUUGGCACUUGUAGAAAAGGAAAAGGCCAAGUCAAGGGCAGCCCUCGAGCAUGCUGAAGCUGCACAGAGAAUAGCAGAGUUAGAAGCACAAAAGCGAAUUAAUGCAGAAAGGAAAGCGCUAAAAGAAGCUGAAGAGAAGAUUAAGGUACUAAAUGCUUUGGCAAAUUCAGAUGUCAGAUACAGGAAAUACUCAAUUGAGGAGAUUGAAGUUGCCACGAAUUAUUUUUCACAAGGUCAUAAGAUUGGAGAAGGAGGUUAUGGGCCAGUAUAUAAGUGCUAUCUUGACCACACUCCUGUUGCAGUUAAGGUUCUUCGUCCUGAUGCUACUCAAGGAAGAUCUCAGUUUCAGCAAGAGGUUGAAAUUUUGAGUGCUGUACGGCAUCCCAACAUGGUCCUUCUUCUAGGAGCCUGCCCUGAGUAUGGUUGCUUAGUAUAUGAAUACAUGCCCAACGGAAGCUUAGAAGACCGUUUAUUCCAGCAUGGAAAAACUCCUCCACUAUCUUGGCAGCAGAGGUUCCAAAUCGCUGCUGAAAUUGGCACGGGACUGCUUUUCCUCCAUCAGAUGAAGCCUGAGCCACUUGUGCAUCGUGAUCUAAAACCUGCCAAUAUUUUGCUUGACCGUAACUUAGUAAGUAAAAUUGGUGAUGUGGGCUUGGCCCGGCUCGUCCCUCCGUCUGUGGCAGACAGUGUCACUCAAUACCUUGUGACAUCUACUGCUGGAACAUUCUGCUAUAUUGAUCCUGAGUAUCAACAAACUGGCAUGCUUGGUGUUAAGUCCGACAUAUAUUCACUUGGAAUCAUAUUCUUACAGCUUCUUACAGGCAAGCCACCUAUGGGUCUGACUCAUCAUGUUGAAAGAGCGAUCAAGAAAGGGACUUUAGGUGAGAUGCUCGAUCCAUCGAUCCCUGAUUGGCCGGUUGAAGAGGCCUUAAGCUUUGCAAAAUUAGCACUCAAGUGUUCUGAACUACAAAGGAAAGACAGACCAGAUCUUAGUAAGGUUAUCCUGCCAGAAUUGAACAAACUGAGAGUAAUUGCACUAGAUACCACUUCAAAUUCUGCAGAUCCGUGAUCCAGCUGUAGCUACAUUUCUGUGUCUAGAGUAACUGAGAUUAGGAUAAAUGCACUAACACUAGGCCCAUCAGCAUCAAAUGAUCAAGGUAAAAUUAAUCAAGAUUUUUAAUGUAUUCAUAUGAAAUUUUAAGCUGCAGAAAUCUGAUGCCAGGUUCUCAUCUAUUGCUUUGGAGAACAUCGAAGCAGUUCUAUACAAAUAGCACAAAGAACCAAGGGGCUAUGCCUCAUCACCAAUGCCCAUAGGGACGUCUAUGGAUUUUAUCAAUCAAAUGGUUUGGAGAAUUCCUCGAGGGCACAAGUUGAGAAUGUUGGAUAGGAGUUCUGGAAUUUUGCCCAUCCUUCACUAUAAUAGCAUCUCCAGGAUUUCAACUCCAACUUACAUUUAGCUUGAAACUCAACCUAGCAGUGAAAGAUCCUAUACUUUCUGAUUAACAAACAGUAACAGCUUAUGAAAAAUAAGUCAUUUUUGUUGUCCAUUUUCAAUAGAACUUGCACACAUGUACCAUAUGCUUUGUACAUUCACAGCAUGAUUUGCUUUUGGUUUUACAACCUCUAUACAUAGAUUCUUUGUUGUAAA